CAUGAGGAAAAUCCUGUUGGGUUGGGGGCUGAUGCUGACGGCUGGGGUAAUGGGGGCUAGCGUAGUGGGUGCUAGUGGAGGAGGAGGAGGUGGUAGAGGGCAGAGGCGCAGAGGAGAAAAGCGCAGGGGGCUCCAUCGUGUCCAGCACGGCCACUGCAGCUACACCUUCAUCCUACCAGAGAUGGAGCGCUGUCAGGCCAGCCCGGUCCAAUACGGCAGCACCAACAUGGUUCAAAGGGACAAACCACCCCCUGCAGAGAGUGACUGGUCUGCGCAGAAAUUGCAGCACCUGGAGACGGCCAUGGAGAACAACACGCAGUGGCUGCAGAAGCUAGAAAAGUAUAUCCAGGAAAACAUCAAGAUGGAGAUGGUGCAUAUUCAAGACCAUCCAGUACACAACCAGACUGCUACCAUGCUGGAAAUCGGAACUAACCUGUUGACUCAGACUGCAGAACAGACCCACAAGUUAAACGUUGUCGAGGCUAAGGUUAUGAACCAGACAUCAAGAAUUGAGAUCAAGUUGUUGGAGAACUCAUUAUCUACAGACAAACUGGAGAAGGAAUUAUUGGUACAGACUUCUAAAAUCACUAAACUGCAAGACAAGAACAGUCAUUUGGAGAACAAGGUGCAGGUGUUGGAGUCACAGCAGCGGGACGAGCUGGAGGACAUGAGGGAGGAGAAGAAUAGGCUACAAGGACUGGUGAGGACCCAGACGACAGCCAUCGAGGCUCUAGAGAGGCAGCUGAGGGUGGCCAGCACCAACAACUCAGCCCUGCAAAGGCAGCAUCAGCAGCUCAUGGAGUCGGUCCACACGCUCAUCAACAUGGUGUCUACCGGUACAGGGAUAUUGCUGAGAGACCAGAGGUUUUGUGAUUGUGCAGAAGCCUAUAAAGCAGGACACAACAUCAGUGGAGUCUACUACAUAUACAUCAGUAACAUGACAGAACCCACCCAGGUGUUUUGUGACAUGGAGACUAGUGGUGGAGGCUGGACUUUGUUCCAGCGCAGGGUCAACGGCAGUGUGGACUUCCAGAGAACAUGGAAGGAAUACAAAAUGGGUUUUGGGGACCCUGCGGGAGAGCACUGGCUUGGGAAUGAGCUGGCGUUUCAGAUGACCAGUCAGACCCAGUAUGCCCUGAGAGUGGAGCUGAGAGACUGGGAGGGGAACACACCCUACUCUCACUACGACAAGUUCCAACUGGCCAGUGAGAAACAACAAUACAGGCUGUUCCUGUGGGGCUACAGUGGAACAGCGGGAGAGCAGAGCAGCCUGGUAUCGCAUGGCACCAGCUUCAGCACCCGCGACGCCGACAACGACAACUGCCUGUGCAAGUGUGCCCUCAUGCUGACUGGGGGUUGGUGGUUUGACGCUUGUGGCUUGUCCAACCUCAACGGCAUUUACUACACCGUGGGCCACAACAUCCGCAAGCUGAACGGGAUAAAGUGGCAUCACUUUCGGGGACCGAGUUAUUCACUUAGUUCAACAGCCAUGAUGAUCCGACCAUCCGACUUCUAAGACCGGACAGUCAUUUGGAGAGGGGAAGGGCUGUGAAUGGGAAAGGGACAGUCAUUUGGAGAGGGGAAGGGCUGUGAAUGGGAAAGGGACAGUCAUUCGGAGAGGGGAAGGGCUGUGAAUGAGAAAGGGACAGUCAUUUGGAGAG